CCUCCCACCCCCCUGAGACCAAUGGCAGCUGCGGGCGGAGGUGGGGCCGCGCCUGCCCAGCCUUGGCCUUCAGUGGCUCUGGAAGCCGGCCCCGGCUGGCUUUCUCCCAAGGAGAGCUGUGGGAAGGUCGGCCAAGCAGGGCAGAAAACAAGAUGCGGGCUCCCGGAGCGGGAACGGCCUCGGUGGCCUCGCUGGCGCUGCUCUGGCUGCUGGGGCUCCCGUGGACCUGGAGCGCGGCAGCGGCGUUCGGUGUGUACGUGGGCGGCGGCGGCUGGCGCUUCCUGCGCAUCGUCUGCAAGACGGCGAGGCGGGACCUCUUCGGCCUCUCAGUUCUGAUUCGUGUGCGGCUGGAGUUGCGGCGACACAGGCGCGCAGGAGACACGAUCCCGCGCAUCUUCCAGGCAGUGGCCCAGCGACAGCCGGAGCGCCUGGCGCUGGUGGACGCGGGCAGCGGUGUGUGCUGGACCUUUGCACAGCUGGACACCUACUCCAAUGCGGUGGCCAACCUGUUCUGCCAGCUGGGCUUCGCCCCAGGCGAUGUGGUGGCCGUGUUCCUGGAGGGCCGGCCUGAGUUCGUGGGGUUAUGGCUGGGCCUGGCCAAAGCUGGUGUGGUGGCAGCGCUGCUCAAUGUCAACCUGAGGAGGGAGCCCCUGGCUUUCUGUCUGGGCACAUCGGCUGCCAAGGCCCUCAUUUAUGGUGGGGAGAUGGCGGCAGCGGUGGCGGAGGUGAGCGAGCAGCUGGGGAAGAGCCUCCUCAAGUUCUGCUUGGGAGACCUGGGACCCGAGAGCGUCCUGCCCGACACGCAGCUCCUGGACCCCAUUCUGGCCGAGGCGCCCACCACACCCCCGGCACAAGCCCCAGGCAAGGGCAUGGAUGAUCGGCUGUUUUACAUCUACACUUCGGGAACCACAGGGCUUCCCAAGGCGGCCAUUGUGGUGCACAGCAGGUACUACCGCAUCGCAGCCUUCGGCCACCACUCCUACAGCAUGCGGCCCGCCGACGUGCUCUACGACUGCCUGCCGCUCUACCACUCGGCAGGGAACAUCAUGGGCGUGGGGCAGUGCGUCAUCUACGGGCUGACUGUGGUGCUGCGGAAGAAGUUCUCGGCCAGCCGCUUCUGGGACGACUGUGUCAAGUACAACUGCACGGUGGUGCAGUACAUCGGGGAGAUCUGCCGCUACCUGCUGAGGCAGCCGGUUCGCGACGCGGAGCGGCGGCACCGCGUGCGCCUGGCCGUGGGUAACGGGCUGCGGCCGGCCAUCUGGGAGGAGUUCACGCAGCGCUUCGGCGUGCGGCAGAUCGGCGAGUUCUACGGCGCCACCGAGUGCAACUGCAGCAUCGCCAACAUGGACGGCAAGGUCGGCUCCUGCGGCUUCAACAGCCGCAUCCUCACGCACGUGUACCCCAUCCGCCUGGUCAAGGUGAACGAGGACACGAUGGAGCCGCUCAGGGACGCCCAGGGCCUCUGCAUCCCGUGCCAGCCAGGGGAGCCCGGACUCCUCGUGGGUCAGAUCAACCAGCAGGACCCUCUGCGACGCUUCGAUGGCUACGUUAGCGACAGCGCCACCAGCAAGAAGAUCGCGCACAGCGUGUUCCGCAAGGGCGACAGCGCCUACCUCUCAGGUGAUGUGCUGGUGAUGGACGAGCUGGGCUACAUGUAUUUCCGCGACCGCAGCGGGGACACCUUCCGCUGGCGCGGGGAGAACGUGUCCACCACGGAGGUGGAAGCCGUGCUGAGCCGCCUGCUGGGCCAGACGGACGUGGCCGUGUACGGGGUGGCCGUGCCAGGAGUGGAGGGCAGAGCCGGCAUGGCGGCCAUUGCGGAUCCCCACGGCCAGUUGGACCCUAACUCCAUGUACCAGGAAUUGCAGAAGGUUCUGGCCUCCUAUGCCCGGCCCAUCUUCCUGCGUCUUCUGCCCCAGAUGGACACCACAGGCACCUUCAAGAUCCAGAAGACCCGGCUGCAACGUGAAGGCUUCGACCCACGCCAGACCUCAGACCAGCUCUUCUUCCUGGACAUGAAACAGGGCCGCUACCUGCCCCUGGACGAGGCAGUCCACGCCCGCAUCUGUGCCGGGGACUUCUCGCUCUGAUGAACCUGGCACGUGGGAUGGGCCUGGACUCCUGAGCCCUGGGCACCUGACUCCUGAGCCCUGGGCACCUGACAACCCUGCUCAGGUGCCUCCCUGCCUGGCCACCUGGCCAGCAGCACUGGUGGGCGUGAGAAACUGGAGCCUGAGGGCCAGGUGUCUCCCUCCUACAUCUCACUAUGCAUCCAUCCUGCUCUGCCUUUCUCUUUCUCUCCAUCUCUUUUCUCCCGACCCUCCAGGAGCCCCACAAACACAGCUUGGCUGCUGGGCCCUGCACUGGGACCAGUGUCCAGGGGUCCAGGCUGUGGCGCCCACCUCCAUCACCACUGUGCCUUAGCAACCUGUCCUCGGCUGCCCUCCCUGCUGGGGGUCUGUAGCCACUCUGAUGUUAGCUGGGUGACAUCAGCAGUCCCCACCGACCCCCAGUCAACUGGAAGUUUUAUAUUUUUGUUUUGAGACAGUGUCUCACUGUAGAGGCCAGGCCGGCCUCAAACCCGCCAUCCUACUGCCCUGCCUGUUGGAGGGCACUGCCCUGCAGUGCCUGACCAAUGACAUCCAUGCACUAUUGCCCCUGGGCCCCCACUCUCCCCUCAUAUCCUGGACGCUUCCGGAAUUGAUUGACCACUUGGACGUGGCUAAUGGUGGCCCCGCCCACAUGUGUCUGUUGAGGGGUCACCAGGCACCCCCUCUCGGGGCCCUGACUAGCAAAGCUUGGGUGUCUCGUCGCACAGCUGGAGGGAAGGCUGCUGUGGUGCCCCUGGGGACGACCUGGAAGCCCUUCCCUAGCCCAGACCCCGAAGCUCGUGACGCUCCAGGCUCCCAUGCUCCCCACGGGGUCGGUCACCAAGUCCGGCAUCUGCCCUCCUCAUCUUCAGGGGCCCGGCCCCAUGAAGGGUGAGAACGGCACAGCAUCCACAGGCUGCGCAGCCCUCCACACACAAUGUGCUUUCCUUGUUGGUGUUAAGAAAUAAACGUGCUGAGCCUUGACACUUGCCAGA